UUUCACGAGUUCACGUUUGUCCUGUUCCAUCCGCCAUCAAACAAUCAUGGCGAACUACCGAGAGGCGCCUUUAGCCAGUCGGCCAGAAACAUUGUCUCCAGACUAUUAUGAUGUUUCCCCGGAAAAGAGGCGUCUUCAAGAAGCCAGGGCUGCAAUACGAGCGAAUUUGAAGAGGCAGUAUCAGUUGAAAAUCAGCAACCCGUUCACCCCCACGGAGCAGAUUGAAGAUCCUGCCAUAACAAGAUGGGUGUAUGCACGGGCCAACAUCUACCCACACUUCAGACCCACAUACAAGACAUCUCUGUUGGGUGGGCUGUUUCUAAUUGCGCCUGUCAUUAUCCUCUACUGGACCUUCAAGUCCGACAGGGAUAAGAAGGAGGCUCAGAUUAAGGCUGGAACCCUUAAUCGCAACUUCAGUUUGUCAUCUUGAGCAUUGAUGUCGGAAGACCCACCGUCAUGUUCUAAAGAUGAUGUCUGUAAUUAUUAUUAACCGAAUAAAAUUAUAUUGUCAAACACA